CGAAGUGAGACAGAAGCAGAGGCUUUGGACGGUUGAAGCCGGGGCCGUCGGUAGAUGGCGGUAACCCAAGAAACCUGAUCCACAGGGUUCUCGGGCACUCUGUCUCAGUUUGCAGCACUCGCACUGAAGACAGAGGAGCUGAACAGUUUGAAGGACAUAAUAGAAAAAGAAAAGAAAAAAGAGAAAGCCCAGGAGAGCUCACGGCGGGUCCUCUCGAGUUUUGCGCGCAGCCCUCCCGAGCCGGAGACGGAACCCUUUGCCACCAAGAGAAAACGGGAAAACUAAAAACGCCAUGGAAGACAAAUCUAAUUCGUUCUCUAGCAACAAGGAGGAGAAGGCGGAUGGGAAUAAUGUUUUUCAGAGGCAAGACUCGAUACAGAAAAAUAACACGGGGAGCCAGAACAUGAAGGACCACGGCAACUCAGUGGGCUUCAAGGGGGAGCGGGAAGAGGCCAUGGUCGGUUUUGACGAUCUGGAGGGGGCGGCCAGGCAACAUGGUUUUAUGCAGAGGCAAUUUGGGGCCAUGAUGCAGCCCGGAGUCAAUAAGUUCUCCUUGCGUAUGUUCGGCAGUCAGAAAGCCGUGGAGAAAGAGCAAGAGAGGGUUCAAACGGCCGGAUACUGGAUCAUUCAUCCAUAUAGCGAUUUUAGGUUCUACUGGGACUUGAUAAUGCUCAUCAUGAUGAUGGGGAAUCUAAUCAUCAUUCCUGUGGGAAUAACCUUCUUCUCAGAGCAGACUACCACCACCUGGCUGGUCUUCAAUGUGGCCUCGGACACCAUCUUCCUGGUGGACCUGGUCAUGAACUUCAGGACGGGGAUCGUCAAUGAGGAGAGCUCCGAGAUCAUCCUCGACCCCAAGGUCAUCAAGAUGAAUUACCUAAAGAGCUGGUUUGUUGUGGACUUCCUCUCCUCCAUUCCAGUGGAUUAUAUCUUUUUAAUAGUUGAGAAAGGCUUUGACUCGGAGGUAUAUAAAACAGCUCGUGCCCUGCGAAUCGUCCGCUUCACCAAGAUCCUCAGUCUUCUGCGUCUGUUGAGACUGUCCCGACUCAUCAGAUACAUACAUCAGUGGGAGGAGAUUUUCCAUAUGACCUAUGACCUGGCUAGUGCAGUGGUAAGAAUAUUUAAUUUGAUAGGGAUGAUGCUGCUUCUGUGUCACUGGGAUGGCUGCCUCCAGUAUCUGGUGCCUCUCCUCCAAGACUUCCCCCCUGACUGCUGGGUGUCCCUAAACGGUAUGGUUAACGUUUCCUGGGGUAAGCAGUACUCUUAUGCCCUCUUCAAAGCCAUGAGCCACAUGCUGUGCAUCGGGUAUGGCGCCCGGGCACCCGUCAGCAUGUCUGACCUGUGGAUCACCAUGCUGAGUAUGAUUGUAGGAGCCACGUGCUAUGCCAUGUUUGUCGGUCACGCCACAGCUCUAAUUCAAUCCCUGGACUCUUCGCGCAGGCAAUACCAAGAGAAGUACAAGCAAGUGGAGCAAUACAUGUCCUUCCACAAGCUUCCAGCAGACAUGCGGCAGAAAAUCCACGACUACUAUGAACAUCGCUACCAAGGCAAAAUCUUUGAUGAGGACAACAUCCUGAGUGAACUCAACGACCCUCUCAAAGAGGAAAUUGUCAACUUCAAUUGCCGUAAACUCGUGGCCACCAUGCCUUUGUUUGCCAACGCAGACCCCAACUUCGUGACGGGCAUGCUGAGCAAGUUGAAGUUCGAGGUCUUUCAACCCAACGACUACAUUAUCAGGGAAGGCACAGUCGGGAAGAAGAUGUACUUCAUUCAACAUGGUGUAGCGAGUGUCAUCACCAAGUUCAACAAGGAGAUGAAGCUGACUGACGGAUCCUACUUUGGAGAGAUCUGUCUGCUCACCAAGGGCAGACGAACUGCGAGCGUGCGUGCAGACACCUACUGUCGACUCUUCUCCCUCUCUGUUGAUCAUUUCAAUGAGGUGCUAGAAGAGUACCCCAUGAUGCGACGCGCAUUCGAAACUGUCGCCAUCGACCGAUUGGACCGCAUCGGGAAGAAGAACUCUUUGCUGCUGCAGAAGUUCCAGAAGGAUCUGAACGCCGGCGUUUUCAACACGCAGGAGAACGAGAUAUUGAAGCAGAUUAUCCGUCAGGACAGGGAGAUGGUGAUGAUGGUGGACCGCAAGCAGUCAGUCACCGGGAUGAACUCAACACCAAUGUCAGGAAACUCCAUCAUUAACUCGCCAGCCCAGCCUCCCUUCCCCACUGCCUUCAGCACCAAUCAGCUCCAGCAGUCCUCUGUCCCCAUGACCUACAGUGCUUCAGCUAUUGCCAAUGCCUCUGCUGCCCGCAUGCUGCCAGCCGCUGCCGCUGCCGCUGUUGCAGCGCAGGGGGUUUACCCUCCUCCCAGUCUUUCCCAUGGCAACCUGAAUUCAUCCUCAAUCAAUCCACAGCAGCAAGGAGCCAUCAUGUCGCCCUGCUCCUUCACGGCUGCUAUGUGUAGUCCGCCCGUGCAGACCCCUCUGGCUAGCCGGAGCUUCCAGUACGGCUCGCGUACAGCCUCCCAGCUGUCGCUUAUCCAGCAGCCCAUGGCUCAACCAUCUCUACCCACGCAGCAGCAGCUCGCCCAGCAGCCUGCUGCAACAACUGCAGCCACAGCCUCUGCAGCACAGCAGCAGCAGCAGCAGCAGCAACAGCAACAGCAGCAGCCGUCACCUCAGCAGCAGCAGCAGCAGGUCCCUUCGCCUCAGCGGGGAGAAGUCCACAAGAGCACACAGGCCCUGCAGUCGGGCAGCUUGAGUCGAGAUGUCAGACAUUUAUCGGCCUCCCAACCAUCACUGCCACAUGACACAUCUCUGGGGCCCAGAGUGCACCCAGCCUCAGGAGACUCUCUGGCCUCCAUCGUGCCACCAACGGCGGCAGGGAUCCAGGGAAUGAAUCUGCAGAGCGGCAUCCGCACCACAGUGCCCCAGCGUGUCAACUUAUUCCGGCAGAUGUCGUCAGGAGCCUUGCCCCCGGUGCGCUCGGCUGCGGCGGCAGCAGCAGCGGCGGCAGCGGUGGCGGCAGCAUCAUCAUCCUCAACCCAGCACAGGGAAUCCCCCGGAUCUAGGAGAGAUUCUGUCCUGAGCAGUACAGAGACUGAGCAAGACAAAAUGCGUUUUGCAUCAAAUUUAUGAUCCCAUUUUUCCCUUUUCAUUUUUUAAACUUAAAUAUGUUUCAAUUCAUUUUUAAAAACGGAGAUACAACAAAAGAGAUAAAGAUGAGGAACUUCAGCAUUUUUGUUUCUCUCCAGUUUUCUUCUAAAAUAACCUCAUAGAAACCCUGUACAUACAAGCCCUUGUAUUAUAUUUUAGACACAUUGUCUCCCUAAACUUAAGAAUGUAUAUUAUACAGAUACAUCUCUCUUUUCUUUGACGCCAUAUAUAUAUAUACAUAUGUAUAUAUAUAUACUGCUGUGUGUAUGGGUGUGUGAGAGUGUGUGCAUGUGACCGUGUGUGUAAAAUCCAACUAGAAUAUUUGGCGAUGGCAAUUUAAAAAGCUGUAGUAUAAACAUGAGUCUUCCUUUCUGAGAAAUAUAAAGAAUUAUAUACAGUGUAUGAAGUUUUUUAAUUUAUUUUCUUUUUGCUUUUUGUUUUUUUUUUUAAACUGGAAUGCAUUGUGGAUUCUGACAAUGACAUAUAUUUCUUUUUUUUUUUUGUACCAUUAAGAAAGAGAAAAAUCGUCUUCUCCUAUUAAGCAGCUUUAGGCACCACUGUGGAAUUAUACAUGCAAGCAACUCUGACAAAUAAUCUCAAAAAGCACACACUCAUGAAUGAAUCUCACACCAAUUUCCUGAACCCUUCAUUUCAGAAACCAACACAGAUACUGUAACUAAGUGUUAUGUUGCUCUCUGCAACACAAAUACAGUAUGCUGAGCCGCUAUGUCCCCACAGCGGCUCACAUAUGAACCAUGACAGUGUUAUGGGUCCAAAGGGAAUAGAUAAUAGAAAUGCUGCUUUCUUUGUUUUUCUUCGAGGAGAAUGGAGUGUGGAGCAAGAUAUGGAUGGAUGCUAUUGUUUUCUAUUUCUGAUUUCAGAUGGCUGAGAUGUUACUUAAUGUUGCUUAAAAAUUCUGUGUAUAUUUAUAAUAUUUAUAAACUAAAGAUUAUCACCAUUAUGCAAUAGACUGUGACAUAAAGAUUACCUAUAUGUGUGCUGUAAAUAGUUUUGUAGAUCUAGUAUUUACAGAUACUGUGUGGUGCAUUCUCUAUCAUAACAAUGUCUUACUUCUAUCAGGAACCUGGAUAUCAUCUAUACGCGAAAAAGGUUUAGUGACAAAAUACAUAUGUUUCAUAAGAGAUGAACAAACCUUAAUGCAAUAGCUAGCACUACUUGAUGCUGAGAAAUGCCCGAUCGGAGGACGUUGAAGAAUCCCUCUCUCUCUGUAUACUAUUCCUAGCCCCAGUGUAGGUUUUGAUUUUACAUCAAGUGAACAUAUACAAUAUUUAUCAACGAUACACAUCGUUGCUGAGGAUCAUUUUGGGAAUGAUUCUUUUCUUCACAGUCAAAUUGAUUCAUUCAGUCCUUCCAGGAUUUUGUGGCGUUUUUUGGGAUUUGUGGUCUAAAAUGCCUAAUUACAGGGCAGCUUUUCAAAAAAAAAAAAAAAAAAAAAGGCGAUGCAUUUCUGAUGUUUUCAGUCCUUUUUUUUUUUUGGGGGGGGGCUGGGAAAUUUCUGACGCAAGUGAAAAUUACUUAUAUAUUAGGAAUCUAUCUGCCGUACCCCUUAAACUUUUGUGAGCUGCUGUCUUCUUGCUCUCUCUGACAUCUUAGCAUGAGCUAACACAGCGCCAACCGCUAAUAUAAAAAAAUAUAAAAUGGUCCAAAAAAUCUCAGUCUCAAUGUCUUGACCCAUUAAUAACCGUUGGAUAACAACGGUGAUGCUAACAGUUAGCCCUGUCACUGUGUGUGUGUGACUCUGUUCCAGGCAUGGAGCUCACACUCCUGCAGCACCAGUCUCAUGAUAAACAGAAAGUGAGAGACAUAGUAAUGCUGUGCUCACACUACAAGCAACAACUAUAUUUAGCCAAAAAAUAUCUGUGCGUUUCAUCAGUGUUUGAGCCCCAUUUAACAUUAAAUUUCACCGCUAGCUCUCUUUGAAUCCCUGUCCCCUGUUCCUGCUAGCAUCAGCUAACUAAACUAUUUAACACAGCACCACAGCUAGAGACAAACCAUAUGACUGCGUCAUUGGUGUGCUGAUUAAAGUUUAGGCCAGCUCAGAUUUAAUUUCUAGCACGUCCACAGUGACAAAUGUCGGGUGUCAGUUUGUAGCUUCAUGUCGGCUUCCAUUGAAAACGACCUGUAACCUGUUACUGUAUUGCCUGUAGUGUGAACACAGCAUAACAGAGGGGCAAGGAGGGGCGAGAAAAUCAAUACGCUGCGCACAGCUCUACAAUGAAAUGAGAUUUUACCCAUUUUAAAUUAUUAGUUAUUAGUUAAGUUGCAGUGAAUGGACAAGAUUUCAAGGUUGCACAGGAGUCAUUCAUUUUUGAGAUGGCAACAUCCUGGAGGGGCUGAUCAUUUUCUGAAAUAUAUCAUUCGAGGGCGUAAAUGAGACCCACAUUUUUUUAUUCAUCACACCUUUUCUUCAACUGCUUCUUGAGUAAAACUGUACUGUACGUUGUCAUAUCACACUAACUGUAGUUGAAGAGCCUGGCACGACACUAUCAGCUCAUACACUUUAGGUUAAAGACGUCACUCAAAUGUGCAGAGAGGUACAUUUUCAGCGAGAGGUGUUUUUGUGCUGCUGCAAGUCAGAUAAAGAAUUGCUGGUUUGCAUUAAGGUUUCUGUCUCAUGUAAAUCCAUUCUGUGGGCUUAGGUACUCUAAACUGACCUGGACUGAUGUUGAGGCAGGGAAGCAAGGUCAAGCCAGAAUAUUGUGACUCUGUCCAAAAGGAUAAGAGCUAUUUUGAAUAUUUUAAUCUUACAGUAAUAAAAGUAUUUCAUGACUCGACUAAAAUAAGCCAGCCAUUACGGCUUACAGGUCAUCUCCCUGCACAUACAGUAGAUGUGUGCACGAGGCCUUCCUGCAGUCUUCGCACAGCGAGUCAAACGUGACAAAGUAUUCUGCUGCCAGUCGUGCAGAAUGUCCGUAGAGAGUCAUAGUUUUCAUGGCGCCGAACAUCCCAUCAGUUCAAAGUGACUAAGCCCUCUGAGAUGCCGUUUUAAAAAGAUUACAAGUCCUCGCUACAGAUUGUGUCGAUAGUGUACCAAUACAGUCAACCCACCAAAUGUCAUGAAAGCAUGCACUGUCACAAAUACUUAAAGAUACUAUCUCAAAAAUGUUGACGUUAAAUGUAAUGUUAGAUUAUGUUUUGUUCAUUGUCUGUCUGCCUAGACGUUUUAUCUGUGUGUGAACAGAAGCAUUGACUUUUUUCACAUGGACAUUCUUAAGUAUUUGUGCCUAAACUAUAGCCAUGUUCCAUCCUUUGUUAUGAGUGUGAGCUCGGUGCGUUCGGGGGAGGGGGGGGGCACUUCUGCACACAACUGCGCAUCAUUCUUACUAUACUCUAUGUGUUCUAUGUCUCAGUGUUUUUAGACAGGAAAGGAGUACGCGACGAUGGCCAAAUGUCUCAAGUUUAUCCAAUUGGUAUCUUUAUUUACAAUGUGAACUUCUAGAGGCAGGUUUUUUCUAACAUUCUCGGUCAAGCUAUAUAGAAUAUUUAUUGAGGUCAUGUACAGUUUAAAAAAAAAAAAAAAAAAAGGAAAAAGUGCUAUCUUUAGCAGUAAUAUCACGCUCAAUGAGACAUUGUGUAAAAUUGGAGCACCUUUAUACCUUUCUUUGUAGCUAGCCACUAAUGUUUGGGUUGAAUAUUGAUGUGUGGAAGGAAACUGGCCAAAGCGAAACAUUCAUUGUCUUUGUUUUAAAUUGCACUUUCUGAUUUACUAAUAAAAAGAAGAAAGUACAGAUUCUCGCAGCUAGGUUAUAGAUGUUGAAGGAGUUAGUAAGGGAGCGACAUCCCCGUGAAUUUGUGCUGCCCUGAUCCUGUAUGAGGUUCUAAAUGAGAGGCGGGGGGGGUGUUCUAUUUGCAACGAAGAGCGCUUAAUCGUGAAUAUGCCAUAGUGUAUAGGAACUAGUACACAGUCAAGAUGGAUAGCAGCAGCACUGUUGCUUUGUGCUGUUUUUGAUACUUGCCUUUGGAGGGAGAGCUUCCCAACUAUGUGCUUUUUUCACUAUCACAACUAACAUACUGGAAUGGGCAUUAAUGGUGAUGUACAACACAAACUAAUGAGCUUACAUAUUAGCAGUAUAGAGACUCUCAACAAACCAGCACAUAUAUUUGUAUAUUUCUUUUUGUUUGUUGUUUUGUUGGUUUGAGGAAAAACAGAAGAGAUGCAAAAAGGAACUGAGAAUAAUAAUGCCCAGAGAGGACAAACCAAAUACUUAUUUGGUUUUGACGACCGCAGGUUUCAUAUGUUUACUGAUGAUGUGCGCAGUGGAGAGCGAGAGGGGCAGGAGCUACGGCGAGCUGCUGGGUCCUCUUAAAGCCCACUCACAUGGUCAUUGUUCAGCUCAUUUCUGUAAUCCAAGGCUUAGAGAAAAAGAACUGUCAGUUGGUUACUUGAUACAGACGCAAGAAAGGUAAAUGUAAACUUUCUUACAACAAUAU